UUCAUCCACACACCCACCUAAAACCCAACCCACUAAACUAGUAAACUAACAUUUUUGAAUACACAUUAAACUUAAUUAGUGUAAGCAUUCUUUUUGUUUUGACGUUCUUGUUGUGAUUUGUUUGAUUGAUCGUAUCAGAGUAUUAUUCACAAGUGUAAUAAAUGUCAAGAACGAGUGUAGAAUAUAGUAAUAAUAAGCAUAUUACAGAUUCAAAUUAUUUAUAGUAUAAUGUUGGCAGAUCCUAGAGCCAAGUUUCUCAAAAGAAAUGUUGUUACCAGAUGAGAAUGAGUGAAAAAAAUGGAUUCGUGGAAGCCCAAUCCGCAAGCUGCACCUUUUGUACCCAGGAAACAUGGGACCCGAACGCUCAUCCAUCCACAUUUGUCUGGUCCAAGCUACAUCUACAGACACAAACUUCUGGCCAAAAUAUUUCAAUUUCUUCUAGUCCUUGUUCUGUUGAUAACGAUCGUGAUAAACAUUGUGUUCAUUCUGGAUACCAGUAGAAGACUCCAGGAGGAAUCCACCCACACAGUGAUACAAGAUGAUGUGGAGGGCAGAGACGUGGCUAGUCUGGAACAGUCGCAGGCCCAGCUGGAGGAAUCUGCGCCGAAGAUGCUUACGAUCGAAGUGUUGUCCAGCCAGUCUCGAGUAGCUGUUUCCGUUGAUGGUGCUACGAUUUUAGAAGAUGCGGAGAAGAGUGAAGGACGGGGGAUUCAUGUGCUAGUGCUGAACCAGGCGACUGGUAGUGUCAUGGCCCAACGGAUCUUCGAUACGUAUUCUCCGCAUGAAGACGAGGCCAUGGCUCUCUUCCUCAAUAUGGUGUCCGAUGGCAGGAUUAUCAUCUUUGCUAUCAAGGAUGAGGGAACGUUUCAAAUGAAGCAACCAGCACGUGAGCUACUACACCGACUGGGAUCGCGCCGCGCACAACUCAUCUCCUGGCGUGACAUGUGGGCGAUGGUCGCGCAGAAGGCUGUCAGGAUGUAUGGGGAAUCUUUCAGCAAGAGCACUGACUUCAAUACAUGGGGAGCAUCAGUGCUGUUGAGAGCACAGGUGCCUCUAGUCUCCGUGGAAGAGAGUGAAUGUGAAUGGGAGCAGACAGAAGAGAAUGUACGCCGACAAGAGUUCUGCAACCACAUAGAGGGUUACGGCAGUGUCUGUAGCUGCUCCGAGCCAGCUCUCCUCACAUUUGACCCUCAGCCUAUUGACCAGUUUUGA